CGCAGCGUAAGAUGUGUGCACGGUGACGUGCUUGUGUCUGCUAGCUCAUCACCCGGCGCACGUCGUUACCCAUUCAGCGGCGAUCGUACCAUCAGCGGUGACGAGCACCCGGGGCUGCGGUGUCAUGUUCCAGUGUUCUGCUCCUCCGCCUAGGCCUCGGAUGAGAACGUUUAAAGGCUGCCUGUAGCGGCGCCCUCUAUCUCCCUCACCACACCUGUCUCCGGUGAGCGGAAUGAGCGCUACAUCAGAGAAGAGUCCGGAGGAUCGCCAGGAGGGAGGCGCUGGAGAUGACUCUGCGGAGGAGGAGCCCCCUGCACAAGUCAGCCAGCCUUAUUCUGUCCCCGCCCCUGAAGAGCCGCCCGCGGAGCUCCCUGAGUCGGGGGGCUCGGCAGUGGGGGCUGGGAACCUCUUCUACUGGCUAAAGGACAGGUGCUUGGGCCGGGGGCUAUGUGUGGAUCCGGCACGGGACAAUUACAGGACAAUGACCAGCUUGUAUAGCUCCAUCCAGCCAACUGACUCCAUGAAUCUCAGCACAAGGACACAUGGGGCUGUAUUUAAUCUGGAGUACUCGCCUGAUGGGUCUGUACUGACAGUGGCUUGUGAACAAACGGAAGUCCUGCUCUUUGACCCCGUGUCUUCAAAGCACAUAAAAACCCUUUCAGAGGCACAUGAAGACUGUGUAAAUAAUAUCAGAUUUCUUGACAACCGGUUGUUUGCAACCUGCUCUGAUGAUACAACAAUAGCAUUGUGGGACCUGAGAAAACUAAACACUAAGGUGUGCACACUACAUGGUCAUACCAGCUGGGUGAAGAACAUCGAAUAUGACACACAUACAAGGCUUUUGGUGACUUCUGGAUUUGAUGGCAAUGUCAUCAUUUGGGACACAAAUAGGUGUACAGAAGAUGGCUGUCCACACAAGAAAUUCUUUCACACUCGGUUUUUAAUGCGAAUGAGAUUAACUCCUGAUUGUUCAAAAAUGUUAAUUUCGACUUCCUCUGGAUAUCUGUUAAUUUUACAUGAUUUAGACCUGACAAAAUCCUUAGAGGUUGGAAGUUAUCCCAUUUUAAGAGCCAGGAGAACAGCUUCCACUUCGGAUGUGACCACUUCACCCACAUCUUCUGAAACAAGGUCAUCUAGUUCUCCAAGUCAUCACAGUGAAUUGGGCUGCCUGUUUGACAAACCUAAUUUGCGUGCAACACAGAGAGAAGGUGCUUCCCCUCGUAACAGCCUUGAGGUUCUAACCCCAGAGGUUCCCGGAGAGAGAGACCGUGGCAACUGCAUUACAUCUCUGCAACUUCACCCCAAAGGAUGGGCUACACUUCUUCGUUGUUCUAGUAAUACUGAUGACCAAGAGUGGACAUGUGUCUACGAAUUUCAAGAAGGAGCCCCUGUACGUCCAAUCUCGCCACGCUGCUCUUUGCGUCUGACCCACUACAUUGAAGAGGCCAAUGUGGGGCGUGGUUACAUUAAAGAACUAUGUUUCAGCCCAGACGGACGAAUGAUCGCCUCUCCUCAUGGUUAUGGGAUCCGAUUGCUGGGUUUUGAUACCCAGUGCAGUGAGCUUGUAGACUGUUUACCUAAGGAAGCCGGGACUCUACAAGAAAUCCGCUCCCUAUAUUCUCAUAGGGAUGUUGUCCUGACAACGAAGUUCUCUCCUACCCACUGUCAGAUAGCAUCAGGGUGCCUUAGUGGACGGGUUUCCCUGUACCAACCAAAAUUUUAACUUCUGCAAUGGUCAAUUUUUUUCCAAAGCCAGACUGGGAAUCCACUUGUUCCGAUUUCUUUAAACAUCAGCAUUUUGACUUUUUCCAGAAAUGAAA